CACACAUCGGACACAAAACUAAACAAAUAUUUAUUAGCAGCACACAAACAACAGCAACAUUUUCAUGAAAUAAUUUAUUUUUCAUAUGCGUUGGUGCCGUGUGCCAUGUGUGUUGUUGUUGUUUUUAUGUCUUCUUUUCUUUCUGGUGUGCGUCAUUUCUUUUUGUGGUCGUAAUAUUACUUCGUCUCUUUUUUUUUGUUGUCCGUGUAUUCGAUCGUAUAUAUGUGUGUUCCAUUCCGUAAGUUUGCUACGCGACCAAAGCAUUUGCACAGUACACUCAACACAACAUUUUAUAUAUUCACAAUAAUACGUCGAAAUAGACGGUGUGUGUAUGUUUUUGAAACGUUCACAUCGUUAAAUUGAAAUUAAAUUUCUUUUUUUUCUCUGAUUUGGUUAUCUGUGUUGUUUUGUUUGCUUUUUUAUCUCGUUCGGCUUUUCCUUUUAGUGGAAAAUUUCAGCCAAAUGCGUAGUUAGAGCGCGAAAUCAGAACAUGACUACUAUUGAAGAACGAAGCGAAUAUUUAAGGAAUCCAUUUUUCACGAAGCCAUUGUACGGAGAUUUUUCACCAUUCUACAAGACAAUCGCCGUCUGUUCGGUACUAUUGGCGAUUAUAUUCAUAAUCAACAUCGUGCUCGGCUGCUGCUCAAAACAUCGUCAGUAUUGGCAAGAUCGACACACCGGCAACCGUUGGAUUGUAUCACUUUGGACGGCUACACCGCAUCAAAACCCUCCUCUCGAUUUAACUGAAUUGGAAGACGUGAGCUCAUUUUAUCCAAAGAGUGCUGACGUUGAACACCCAGAGGUUUCUUAUCAUCGUCCACAAGAAGAACAAAGAGGUUACGGCCGCGCAUACAAUCAAUCACAACCGGCUGAGGAAUACGUUGAGCUACAGCACCAACAGAAGCGUGAGAGCGAUAUUUAAUUAAAGCCACACCAAUCCACUGUACACGUCACUAGAUUUGGUCGGGCUGCUUUGUUUUUCUUCUCCGUAUUAUCGUUACCAUCCCUUCUUCCAAUUCGUCCAGUCGAAGAGAGAGACGGAUCUCACACUUUGUCGAAAAAAUGAUUUAUGUUAUCAUUUUUCCUGCCGUGGCAUUUUUGCUAGCCUUCAUCAUUGGCGUAAUUAUUGUUCAACUGAAAUGGGGACCGCGAAUUUGCGGCCUUAGACAUCAUGCAAUGCCCGAUGAACGCGAAUGGGAAGAGGAUAAAGCGUAUGACCAAGGAAUCAGCUACGCUUAAUUCCCAUGGACAUUCCAAUGUAUUUCCAUCGUUUGGAUGUUGAUACCAUCGCUGCCACCGUCUCACCCCAUCCUCCUCUUAUCAACCACCACAUUCCAAAUUCCUCUCAUACAUUUACGUAUUACCGUCCCAAUGUUUUAAAUGAAAAGCCAUUAAUUUUGUUUUGUAUUUUGUAGCACAACGAACUUUGUCAGCUAAUUAGGACUUAGAAACUAAUGACUAGAAAUUUUUAGAUACUUUUUGACAAACAGUUAAACCGUACGAAACUCGAUCCAUACCACUUGACUGGAAUCGGAAUCUUACUUUUUUUUUCUCCUUUUGGUAGACGAAAUUAAGUCAAGCACUUUUGAACCAUUUACAUGUUUAAGAAAUGAAACAAAGAAUGAACAGAACAUUCCGUCCAAACAAUUUACAUUUUUGAUACAAAGGCUAUUUUUUUUCUCUGCGUAAACAGAUGUAUUUUUUAGAACAAAAAAUAAAUGAAUAACAGCGGUAACAAAUAA